UGAGGUGUCGCUAGACGAGGUGUCGCUUUCAAUUCAGCAUGACGGCUUGCCAAGCGAGAACCGAGUUGGUAAUGGACUAAAGAGAAAGAUUAAGGGAUAUAAGACUGAAAGGAGAGUGAAGCGGAAAUUUGAGUUUAUUGUGAGAAAUAAGGCAAAGUUUGAGGAGUUAGUCGACAAUCUCAAAGACUACAACGACCACCUCGACCGGCUGACGAAGGUCCCCGCCAGCAUGGUCUCCAUGCUGGAGACCAUGUUUCGUGCAGCAGCCUUGGCACCGUUGACCGAACCAUCCUUACUUCAGAGAAUCGAAAGCCUGCCGGGAUGGGAGGGCUCGAAUAUUGCGCGAGCUGCGGUUGUGAAAGCUAUGGAACUAUCCACCCAAACGAAUGCAGCCAGCUAUUUGGAUAACACUGACUUUGUCUAUAAAAAUGAGAUGAUGGAGCUACAAGAAGUCCUAGGAGCUCGAGUCGUCGCAACUUACAAGCAGACAAAGCAGGUGUGGAUUGAAUGGAGGGUAGCCAAAGAUAACUUAGACGACAGACAGGCAAUGUUGUUCCGGCAAAGCACCGAGCUACUUAGUGCUAAGCUGGCGAUGCCCUUUUCCCGGCAGCUGAAUCUGGUGGACUGUAUCGGGAUAAUUCGGCAGAGGCAUGACAGUCGUCAUUUAGGACUGGUCUGCACCGCAUCGAUAAUUCUACCUCCAAGGACUCUCAUAUAUCUGAUCGGAAAGCGAGAGGACCAGGAGCCCCCAUUAGAGGAAAAAUUUCGCCUUGCUCGAUAUUUUGCAGCAAGCCUUGCUGGCCUUCAUGCAGCAGGCUGGAUACAUAGAGCCUUUCGAAGCGAUAACAUACUCUGUUCCGGAGAAGACUUGGAAGACUUGGCGGCUCUCAAGACACCUAUUGUUUCCGGAUUCGAAUCAACCCGCCAAGUAGGUAUGGAAUCUAUUAAUAAUCGGCCGAACGGCGGGGGGCAAAUGGACUACUAUUACCACCCAGAUAUCUGCAAUGGGUUUAGCAAAGCCAUGGACUUGUACAGUUUAGGCGUACUGCUCCUUGAAAUUGCCUAUUGGAAGCCCCUUUAUAAGAGGUUGAGGAAAGCAAACACCAAUACCCUAGAAGGGAUCAAAGAUCUGUUUCUUCAAAGUGCGCGAGAAUCGUUGCCUGCCAUGAUGGGAUCUAUAUAUGCUGGAGUAGUAUUAUGUUGUUUGGAAUGUCGUUUAUCAGACAAGGACGACGUCAAGUUCGCAUCUGACGUGAACUCGGAAAUUAUUUACCGGUUGAACUUAUGUAGAGCUUAGGGGAUUAGGGGAGACUGUCAGUUCCAAUGUUGUCGGAUAUCAAUAGAACUAUCACAAUAUGUGGUAUAUAAGAAGGUUGUAUUGUCUAAGUUCAC